UUCUCCCCUUUCUUCAAAUCUCAUCUUCUACGACGUUAUCUCUCUCUCUCUCUCACUCUCUCUCUCUCUCUGUGCCUCACUGAUUGAGUGAAACCAGUGCCAGUGAAACCUUUUUUUCCUUCCUCGCCCCCUUUUUCUUCCAAUCCAAUCAAAACCAAAACCCCUACGCUGAUUCUCAUGUUCAAUUACGGUCGUUUGCUCAAUUCAAUUCCCCUCUCCGUUGCUUAGGUCUCAUCUCAAUUUCUCGCAGAUUUAGCCGUUCAUGGACGCCGCCGUGAAGCCGGAGACGGAAUACGCGGCCGUUUCGACGGAUCAGCCUCGGAAAGUUUCGGUGGUGAAUGGUUACAUUGUCUACACUCGCGCCAAGAGGUCACUGGAUUCGUGCAACGGUUUUUCAGAACACGCGGAAUUGAAGGAUAACGCCGAGGUUGAAGUUAAAACGGAGAACGGAGAGUGUGAGAAGCUGAAAAAUGAGUCCACAGAGGUGGUUGCGAGGACGCGCAAGCGGAGCCGGCGAUCGGCGUUGGAAGCGAAGGUUGAGUGUUGUGAUCAGAUGGUUGUGAGUGAGACGGAACAAGUAGUUGCGAAUGGCGGAAGCGGAAUCAACGGUGCAUUGGGAGCUCCGAGGAAUAAGAUGGAGUUGAAGAUGUCGAAGAAGAUUGUGGUCAACAGGAAGCCUAUGACUGUGAAAAAGCUCUUUGAUACAGGUUUUCUUGAUGGCGUUUCCGUGGUUUACAUGGGCGGCAUUAAGAAGGCUUCGGGAUUACGAGGUGUGAUUAGAGAUGGGGGAAUAUUGUGCUCGUGCUGUCUAUGCAAUGGACGCAGGGUUAUUCCACCUUCCCAAUUCGAGAUCCAUGCUUGCAAACAAUAUAGGAGAGCUGCGCAGUAUAUUUGCCUCGAAAAUGGGAAGAGCCUGCUUGAUCUGUUGAGAGCAUGCAGGGGAGCUACCCUGCAUACUUUGGAGGUGACAGUUCAAAAUUUUGUUUGUUCUCCACAUGAAGAAAGAUACUUUACAUGUAAAAGGUGCAAAGGAUGUUUCCCUUCUUCGUUUGUGGAAAGAGUGGGGCCUAUAUGCCGUUCUUGUGUGGAAUCAAGGAAGUCUGAAGAAAGUUCAAAUAACGUAGUUGGCAAAAGAGUUAGGUCCCCUAGACCAGUGGUUCUUUCCAACCCAUCCAGUACUUCUGAGCUGUCUGUCUCUUCACAAGUUAAGAGACACAGGAAGAAAAGAACAAAGGCAUCAAAAAGGAUUAUCUGUUCAAAUACUUCCAAGAAUGCUUCUGUGGCUGUUCUACCCCGGAAGAAAAAUUUGUUGAAGAUGAAAAAGAAGUCGCUGUCAGUAAAGUUGAAGUCCCCCAAAAAAACUUUAAAUUUGAAAUCUAAUAAGAGUCAAUGGAGGAUAACUAAGAAGGAUCAGCGAUUGCAUAAGUUAGUUUUUGAAGAAAAUGGAUUGCCUGAUGGAACUGAAGUAGCUUAUUAUGCUCGUGGACAGAAAUUGCUUGAAGGUUUCAAAAUGGGCUCUGGAAUUGUUUGUCGAUGCUGCAACACUGAGAUCAGCCCUUCACAGUUUGAGGUCCAUGCAGGCUGGGCUUCUCGCAAGAAACCUUAUGCAUACAUUUACACGUCAAAUGGGGUGUCUCUCCAUGAGUUGGCAAUAUCUCUCUCAAAAGAUAGAAAAUACUCUGCAAAGGACAAUGAUGAUCUAUGCAUUGUUUGUUGGGAUGGUGGUAAUCUAUUGCUUUGUGAUGGAUGCCCAAGAGCAUUUCAUAAAGAAUGUGCAGCUCUAUCAAGUAUUCCACGUGGUGACUGGUACUGCCAAUUUUGCCAAAACAUGUUCCAGAGAGAAAAGUUUGUGGCGCACAACGCCAAUGCUGUGGCAGCUGGAAGGGUUGAAGGAGUUGAUCCUAUUGAACAGAUUGCCAAUAGAUGCAUUCGCAUAGUCAAAGACAUUGAAGCUGAUCUUAGUAGCUGUGCUUUAUGCAGGGGUGUUGAUUUCAGCAGAUCUGGGUUUGGUCCACGCACAAUAAUACUCUGCGAUCAGUGUGAAAAGGAAUAUCAUGUUGGUUGUUUGAGGGAUCACAAGAUGGCAUAUUUAAAGGAACUGCCAGAAGGUAAUUGGCUUUGUUGCAAUGAUUGCACAAGAAUACACUCUACUUUGGAGAAUCUUUUGGUUAAGGGGGCUGAGAGACUCCCUGAAUCUCUCUUGGGUGUUAUAAAGAAGAAGCAAGAGGAAAAAGGAUUAGAACCCAUCAUUGAUGUAAGAUGGAGGCUUCUUAAUGGCAAAAUUGCUUCUCCUGAAACUAGACCAUUGCUUUUGGAGGCUGUUUCAAUCUUUCAUGAAUGCUUUAAUCCUAUAGUUGAUGCAGCUAGUGGACGUGACCUUAUUCCAGCCAUGGUUUAUGGGAGGAAUGUGCGAGGUCAGGAGUUUGGAGGAAUGUAUUGUGCAUUACUAAUAGUCAAUUCAUCUGUGGUAUCUGCGGGCAUGCUUAGAAUUUUUGGCUCAGAUGUUGCUGAACUCCCUUUAGUUGCAACGAGUAAUGGGAACCAUGGAAAGGGCUACUUCCAAACACUCUUCUCCUGCAUCGAGAGGCUGCUGGCUUUCUUGAAUGUGAAGAAUCUUGUACUGCCAGCUGCAGAAGAAGCAGAAUCAAUAUGGACUGAUAAAUUUGGGUUUAGCAAGAUGAAUCCAGAUGAGCUCACCAACUAUAGAAAGAACUGCCAUCAGAUGGUAAGUUUCAAAGGGACCAAUAUGCUGCAUAAAAUGGUACCUUCGUGUCGGGUCAUCAAUAAUCAAUCAUGACAUUUUUUUUUAUAGAAACGAAAUCAAUCGUGAAAGGGGAAAACCCCUAGCUUUCUCGCUUCCUUUUUCCCUUUCUUCUGGUUUUGUAUAUAUUAAACUUUUGGCUAUUUGAAGCCAUUGUUGAAGCGUUCCUGCCAUUUGUUUAAACAUUUAUAAUGCCAUGUAUUCUAUUUUUAUUUUAAUUUUAAUUUUAGUAAUAUACAAGUUUAGAAGUUCUUGAUCUCGGACAAGUACUUCGAAAUA